AUGGAUAUUGCUUCACCUACAAGUAUAUCAGUUCAACUUCAUCACUGCCGCUUCAUGGCUCAUCAUCUUCAUCCUUGCUUCACUUUUCCUUUGGGGAAAUGUUCUCGAGCUUCUCGGAUGUUCAAAGUCUCUCAUUUGUUUUUCGUGGUCAUACAAUCGGCAUAUCCCAUUGCCCUAUUGGGUAAUUUAUGCAAUGGAUCUAUCCCAUUAGAAAUUGGAUAUUUGAGAAAUUUGACUUAUUUGAGUCUCUCCAACAAUAGAAUUGUUGGUCCAAUCCCUUCUGCUUUGGGUCAAUUAACCAGUCUCCAAUCUCUGAUCCUUUGGGGGAACCAAAUCAAUGGAUCUAUCCCAUUCGAAAUUGGAUAUUUGAGAAAUUUGACUUAUUUGAGUCUCUCCAAGAAUAGAAUUGUUGGUCGAAUCCCUUCUGCUUUGGGUCAAUUAACCAGUCUCCAAUCUCUGAUCCUUUCGGGGAACCAAAUCAAUGGAUCUAUCCCAUUAGAAAUUGGAUAUUUGAGAAAUUUGACUGAUUUGAGUCUCUCCAGCAAUGGAAUUGUUGGUCCAAUCCCUUCUGCUUUGGGUCAAUUAACCAGUCUCCAAUAUCUGCUCCUUUCGGGGAACCAAAUCAAUGGAUCUAUCCCAUUAGAAAUUGGAUAUUUGAGAAAUUUGACUUAUUUGAGUCUCUACAACAAUAGACUUGUCGAUUCAAUACCCAUUACUCUGUACCAAUUAACCAAUUUGGAAAUUUUGGACGUUGAUAAUAACCAACUUCAAGGUUCUAUUCCCCAAGAAAUUUGUAAUCUAGCAAAUUUAACUUCAUUGUACCUCUCCCAAAACAAAUUGACUGGUUCAAUCCCUUCUUGUGUUGGUAGUUUAUCAAAGAUGCUGUACUUAAGCCUUGGUUCUAAUCUAUUAAAAGGUCCUAUUCCCCAAGAAAUUUGUAAUCUAGCAAAUUUGACUUCAUUGUACCUCUCCCAAAACAAAUUGACUGGUUCAAUCCCUUCUUGUAUUGGUAGUUUAUCAAAGAUGCUGGACUUAAGCCUUGGUUCUAAUCUAUUAAAAGGUUCUAUCCCAAAAGAAAUUGGCAAGCUUUUUGAUCUAUCAUAUCUAAACCUUAGCUUCAACCAACUCUCAGGUCCUAUCCCUAUCUUGUCUGCCACUAAGCUUCGCAUUAUCGAUGCUGGAAAUGGUUGUAACAAGAUUUCUCCCGAUCCAUUUGAAGGCAAUAGUGAUUUAUCACCCUAUAUGUGUCCUACUCCACUAACCAAAAUAGCCAACAGCAGCAGAAUUCCUUACUAUAUCAAAACAUUCCUCCCUAUUGCGAUCUUAUUCACAUUCUCCAUUUUAGGAUGUUUGCUAUUUUCACGGUUUAAGCUCAAGAAUAACCAUGUCAGCGUACAACCAACCAAGAAUGGGGAUUUGUGUUCCAUAUGGAACUAUGAUGGAAAGAUAGCAUACGAGGAUAUCGUUGCAGCAACAGAGGAUUUCGACUUCCGAUACUGUAUUGGAGUUGGUGGUUAUGGUAGUGUUUACAAAGCAAAACUCCCUUGUGGUAAAGUAGUUGCUUUGAAGAAACUUCAUCAUUUAGAAGCCGAAAAUCCAACUUUUGACAAGAGUUUCAGGAACGAGAUCAAGUUUCUAUCAGAAAUACGACAUCGAAACAUAGUGAAGCUUCACGGAUUUUGUCUACACCGACGAUCCAUGUUUUUGAUCUAUGAAUACAUGGAAAAAGGGAGUUUGUUCUGCAACCUAAGGGAUGAAGUGAACGCUGUGGACAUGGAUUGGACGAAAAGAGUAGAGAUCAUCAAAGGCAUAGCACAUGCUUUGUCUUACUUGCACCAUGAUUGCUGCCCUCCGAUAGUUCAUCGAGACAUAUCAAGUAACAAUGUUCUUUUAAACUCAAGUUUUGAGGCCUUUGUGGCCGACUUUGGAACAGCUAGAAUGUUGGAUCUUGAUUCAUCCAAUAAGACCAUUAUUGUCGGAACUUGUGGCUACGUAGCUCCAGAACUUGCUUAUACAAUGAUUGUCACCGAAAAAUGCGAUGUUUAUAGUUUUGGAGUGAUAGCACUGGAAACAUUAAUGGGAAAGCAUCCUGAAGAAGUGUUAUCAUGGUUGUCAUCACCAACUUCUUUGGUAAACAUGAAGCUGGUUGAUGUGUUAGACAACCGUUUACCACUUCCAACAAGUCAACUAGUUACACAAAAUCUUGUUCAUGUUGCUACACUGGCAUUCGCUUGCUUAAAUCCACAAACGAAGUCCCGACCAACAAUGAAGGAAGUGUCUGAAGGGUUCCUUUCUCGCCAUACAUCCUUGGGAAUUCCUCUUUGGAUGAUCUCUUUGUUACAACUCAUGAACCGUGAAAUGCAUAUUGAAGGCAAUACUAAAACUUGUGAUGUUUAAAGUCCAUGCGCUUGUUGAUUAGAUAUUGUUUAUCAUGCUCUGAUAAUUUGUUUGUAAACCAUCUCUGGUUUUAUAUAUGAUGGAAUGAAUUGCAAUGUUUAAUAAA